AUGACCUUACAUCACAGUAAAGCAAGGCAACACAUGACCUUACACCACAGUAAAGCAAAGCAACACAUGACCUUACACCACAGUAAAGCAAUGCAACACAUGACCUUACACCACAGUAAAGCAAUGCAACACAUGACCUUACACCACAGUAAAGCAAGGCAACACAUGACCUUACACCACAGUAAAGCAAUGCAACACAUGAUCUUACACCACAGUAAAGCAAUGCAACACAUGACAUUUCACCACAGUAAAGCAAUGCAACACAUGACCUUACACCACAGUAAAGCAAGGCAACAGAUGACCUUACACCACAGUAAAGCAAUGCAAUACAUAACCUUACACCACAGUAAAGCGAGGCAACACAUGACCUUACACCACAGUAAAGCAAUGCAACACAUGACCUUACACCACAGUAAAGCAAGGCAACACAUGACCUUACACCACAGUAAAGCAAGGCAACACAUGACCUUACACCACAGUAAAGCAAUGCAACACAUGACCUUACACCACAGUAAAGCAAGCAACACAUGA